UUGCCAAGUUUUGACUGAUUUCGCGCCUUUUUUAACAAUAAUUUAUUUGUUAUUGUGAAUUGUGAUUCGUGAUUGAUCAUUGAACUGCUUGUGUUAAAUGUGGAUUCAAUAAAUAAAAAACAGGUCUUAACUGUAGAAAAUGUCAACCCCUUCUAAGCGGCCGUCAUCCCAGGCUUCUUCAGAAGCAGCCACACCUUCUCGUAGAACGAGAUCAUCGCAACAGCUUGUUGUGCCAGAGACUCCACAACGCUCUACCGGCACCCCUUCUAAAGAUGGCACACCUGGUACACCUCAGCGAACUCCUCGCACACCUAGGCAGGCUCCUGGAACAUCUCCAGCAAGAGCUUUACCCUCCAGUCCACUUGGAACUGAUAUAGAUAUGAGCUCUCCACUGAACUAUGGCACACCAAGUUCAUUGAGCACUCCUAGAUCACUGUUGAGAGGAGCAAUGACCCCAGCAAGACAGAGAGCAGAUUUGAGAGGGCAUCAAAGCGGUCCUAAUGUACCAGCACCAACCCCUACUAGAGGAGUGGCUGCAGCAACUGGUGAACCAGAAACCUCGAGCGAACCCCAGUUAGUAGUGUGGGGUACUGAUGUUGCGAUAGCUGAGUGCAGAGAAAAGUUUAUGAAAUUCAUUCAGAGGUUCAUUGAACCCACUGCUGAGACUACAGAACCACUUUAUGAGAUUAAAUUAGAAGAGAUUCACACAUUGGAAGAGCCAUUUUUGGAUCUGGACUGUGAACAUGUAAAGGCAUUUGAUUCGAAAUUACACAGACAACUUGUAUGUUAUCCUCAAGAGGUAAUUCCAGCGUUUGACGCAGCUGUGAACGAGUUAUUCUUUGACAAGUAUCCGGCAGCUGUUUUGGAACAUCAGAUACAAGUGCGACCAUACAACGCUCCACAGCGGCACAUGAGGGAUCUCAAUCCAGAGGAUAUCGACCAGCUGGUAACAAUAUCCGGCAUGGUGAUCCGAACAUCGGGUAUCGUUCCGGAGAUGCGAGAAGCCUUCUUCAAAUGUGCGGUAUGCGGCGCGGCGGCGGCCGGAGAGUUGGAACGCGGUCGAGUGCCCGAACCUGCGCACUGUGCACACUGCAACACAGCUCACAGCUUCCAGCUGAUACACAACCGCUCGCACUUCAGUGACAAACAGCUGGUGAAGCUACAGGAAGCACCCGACGACAUGCCGGCCGGUCGUACUCCAGCAACCGUCAGCGUGAUGGCACACGGAGCCCUAGUAGAGAAGGUGGGCGCGGGAGAGAGAGUGGCCAUUACUGGGGUGUUCCGCGCCGCCCCGGCAACUGUGAACCCGCGAAGGGCGACGCUCAAAGCCCUCCAUCGCACGCAUUUAGACGCGUUGCACUAUAAGAAGACUCAUAGUGACCGCUUGCUGGAAACAGAGGAAGGUAAAGAACACCAAUUCCCACCAGAGCGUAUUGAGCUGUUCACGGCUCUAUCAACUCAACCAGAUUGCUACGAGCGUCUAGCGCGAGCGAUCGCUCCGUCAAUAUACGAGAACCUCGACAUCAAGAAGGGAGCAUUGCUGCAACUACUUGGCGGGACCAAGAAGAAUUUCAAUGCUGCUGGACGUACGCAUUUUAGAUCUGAAAUAAACAUUCUCCUUUGCGGGGAUCCCGGUACGAGUAAAUCUCAACUUCUGCGUUGGGUGCACUCAUUGGUGCCGCGCGCACAAUACACUUCGGGACGCGGGUCAUCCGCAGUGGGUCUCACUGCGUACAUCACCAAGGACCCGGACACUCGACAACUGGUGUUGCAGACGGGCGCGUUAGUUCUAGCUGACAAUGGAAUCUGCUGUAUAGACGAGUUUGACAAGAUGAACGACUCAACACGCAGUGUUCUUCACGAGGUGAUGGAACAGCAGACGCUGUCGAUAGCAAAGGCCGGCAUCAUCUGUCAGCUCAACGCACGUACUUCCAUCCUGGCGGCUGCCAACCCCGCGGAGUCCCAGUGGAACAAGAACAAAACAAUCGUGGAGAACGUCCAACUGCCGCAUACACUCAUGUCGAGGUUCGAUUUAAUAUUCUUGGUGUUGGACCCCCAAGACGAAGUGUUCGACCGUCGCCUCGCGUCGCAUCUUGUGUCCUUGUACUACCAGGACCCCAGCAACUUGCAGGAAGACGAAGAUGUUGUGGGUAUGAGCCUGAUGAGGGACUACAUCGCGUUCGCGAAGGAGCACGUUCAGCCGACACUCUCCGACGCGGCGCAACAAAGGCUCAUAGAUGCUUACGUUGACAUGAGGCGCGUUGGUAGCGGUCGCGGCCAGAUCUCCGCGUACCCGCGUCAACUGGAAUCCCUCAUACGACUGGCGGAGGCGCACGCAAGAAUGCGACUGUCGUCUGUUGUCGAGAUAAUUGACGUGGACGAAGCAGCGAGGUUACAUAGAGAAGCGUUAAAACAGUCUGCGACCGACCCGGCGUCGGGUCGCAUCGACGUGGGUAUCCUGACCACAGGACUGGGCGCAGCCGCUCGAAGACGCCGUGCCGACCUGGUCAACGCGCUCAAAGACCUCAUCAAGCCUUACAACAAGCCUCACACCAUCACACACGCUAAACUGCUCCAGGAAGUCAAUACCAACUCGCAAUUCACUGUAUCACGCGAGCAACUCGACGAAGCGUUACGCGAUCUUCAAGACGAAGGGAAAGUUGUUAUCGUCAGUCAUACACAUCUACGACUUUGUUAACAUUCCGACAUACCAACCACCACUAUGUUAAGUUUUAUGAUUCUUAGACUUCCCGUCUUGGACAUCGAACCCAGUACCUCGUGAUACGCUGUUGAACAUGUCAACCACUAAUGACGAAAGAGUGUUCGAAGCUAAUGUCGUGAAUACCGCGUAUAGGGUAGAUUAUCUAGAUAUCUAAUGAGGCCUACAUUAAUGUAAAAAAAAAUCGAAAUUCCACCCACCUACUUUAAGAAAACUCAAGAUUAAGUUUUUAAAUAAAAUGUGUUUAUAA